AGUUGCGGUGGGAGGCUUCAAAAUCUCCGUCAUCAAAUUGUAUCAACAAUCUCAUUGAUCGCUUCAUCAGUCGCUCCAGCAAGAGACAUCUCAUUGAUCGCUUCAUCUUUUUCCUCCUCCCUCCAACUGCUGUUACACCUAUUUCAAGACCAUCAUCAAAUCAAACCACAAUUCCCUAUCAAUUUGGUUCCUUUUCCCUUUUUUUUUCUUUUGUCCAUCAACAUCAACUGACGCCACUUUCCAUUCUUCAUCUUUUCCGUCUCUCACACCAACACAUACAUAUAUACAUGCCUAGUCGGGUAGACAAAUAGCCGACUGGCUAACUAGUUGGCUAUUUGUCUAUUCAGACAGCUCUAUGUGCUGAGGCUUCGCUACCUUUAAAUGGAAGAUGGAGUGAAGUGUUUUGUUCACAUCGCAGAAGAGAUGCAAGGCAGUGACGGCUUACUGAGGCGUGUCUCUGGAGGGAGUCAGUCUAUCAGAGAGAACCUUGAACCUGAACUUGAACACAAAGCACGUAAAGUGAGCGAACGAUUCUCUGAAAAUCUUCACAUUAUCACAAAUGAACCUUCCCUAGCAUUUUUCCGAAUUCAAGAACAUGUCCGCAAGUCUCUUCCACAACUGGUAGAGCAAAAGCAUGAAGUCCAAGAAAUCCAUCAAAAUGUUCAAGGUGCCUGUUUUGAUGCAGAGUAUGCUAAAAAUGCUGUAAAUGCUAUGCAGAACAGUAAUGUCCAUUUCCAGAACAUUCAAGAUCUCCUGAAGAAUGCCAUGUUCAUGAAACAGCAAAUAGAAUAUGAAGAAUCUAGAAAAAAUCAAAGGCAACAGGAACGCCGCCACCCAAGCAUGUACAGCACCAGUGGAGGAGCAGGCAGUUCAUCAGACAUUGCAGUGAGUGCACUGGUCAGCAGCAACAGUGGCAGUAGUGGUGGUGGUGUUGGUGGUGGUGUUGGUGGUGGUGGUGGUGGUUCUGGUGGAAGUCGUAAUAGUGGUGGUGGUAGUGGUGGUGUCAGCCGCAUGAACUCGAGCUGUUGUACAGACAGCAGUGAUAGCUCAAUGAGUCAAAGUGGUUCUGGACAGCCAGGAACCACAAACAAUACAAACCGUCAGGAAAAGAAAAUGACGCGAUCCCGUAGCCAUUCAAAGCCAGACAAUAGCAGAAAGUCCUCGGCUUCAGCUUCUGUGAAAUCAAAACGUGCAACAUCUGAGCUUGCUAAAAAACCUUUGUGAAAUUGUCAAAACUGAACUGCCUGUUUGGUUCUGAUACUCCCUAAUUCGCUGUAACAAGCUACUUUAGCUUCACUAGCAAUUAUCCUAUUUCACCAACAGAUUAUUACUAGAUGUACUUUAAUUUAACAACUCUAUGAAGCAUUAUCUUAUUCUAAUUUAUCAACAUCUCUUAAGUAGUACUUUAUUUCAUCAUAGUACUCACUUUUCUAAGGAGUACAACUUAAAAUUAAA